AUGGCCACUCUUCGCGGCCAGACGGCGCGUCUGGUCCUUGGACGCGUUCCAGAAAAUGAGCGAGUACAAGUUGUCCGGGAAGUGGUCGGCGCUCUGGAUGAGCAAAGUACUAAUGCUGAUAUCGGAUUUGCUUCCACUCUCCUGGAGCUUCAUCCGGACACCGGUGCCAGGACUGUCCUUUUUGCUCAUCUGCAGACGCUCAUAGGGCGUGGGGAGCAUGCUGCGGUCUUGUCUGUUCUUGAUUUACAUCCGGAAAUGAGGCAAGAGGCUGUCGCCAGGACAAGUGAUGCUGUCUCGCGAGAAGUCGCCAGACUAGCAGUUAGCCCGGAUAAGCUCUUCGCGGUGGCCAUGCCCGUCGAACCGAUGGCUCCACUAGCAAAUGGCACGCAAGAGUCGGACGCUUUGGACGUUAACGCAAGUAUUGAGGAAGCAGCGAAUUGUCUACGGUUUCUCAUCCGGGUCAGCGUUCAUUUGGAAGCUAGGCAUGCCGAGAUGCUUCUUCGCUCUUGCGUUUCGCUACUAGGACUAAAAGAGAAUCAAGUGUGCUUGCUUGCUCAGGAAGCUUGUUUUGCUCUCUUUGGACUUCCAAUAUCUUUUCUUGACUCUCACGAUGCUCUCCUCUGGACUCGAGUGCGAACGCUUGUUGCUGCGACGGACGUGUUCUACAAAACUCUUGGUUUUUCUAUAUGGCUGCGUUGGAUUGCGUCUGGCAGAACCAUCGACAGGAGCAUACUUGAGCAGCCCGAAUACUGGAAUGCUAUCGUGGAAGGUCUUCGGAGGGGAGAUUCUGAACGGCGGAAGGCCUCGCUCCAAGUCCUGAGGGCCUCCGUGGAAGCGUCUUUGAACGACUCAGCACUGAGAACCGUCAUUGCUGCAGAUUCCCAGAUCCAAGCAUGUAAGUAACUGUGUCAUCUGGCACUUUGUGAGCCUAGAAGCGCUUGCUCCCAGGUGCAAGGCGCCUUACUUCACUUCGAAGUCCCACGACUGCUUGGCGCCAGUAAGUCUCAUUGAUCUCGUAUGCAGCUAACGAUGCUUAGCUUCAUUGACGAUCCAGACACAUUAUGCACGGUUCUGUACUGUAUUCGAGACUAUCGCUCUCGGUAGUUAUUUAAACCAGGUCAUGGAGUGCGAAGCUGACCUAGACUACCUGACUUCGCAAGAUUACUCAGUGAAAGCAGUAUGGCUGUACACGCUUUUGGAAGCAGCUCUCGGCCAAAAGAUGCAGGAGUCAAAUCGAAAGUUCAUUGGAAGAUGGAUCAUGAGCUCAAGCCUUCGGAGUGACGACUUUGACGGCUUCAGGACUUUCUUCCGUGGCGCCUUCCUUCCAUGGCUGACUACAGGACAUCUCUUCACUUCGAGCCUGCGCAGACAAAACAACAUCCAGAGAUGCGAGCAUGGCGAGAAGCUGUCUAGGUACAUUUCCAGGCUGCUUCAAUCGGAUGUCUCCCACGCUAAUGCCAUCGUUGAAACAAUACUGGAUAGUAUCUUCUCCAGAUCUGGUAACAACUUUGCGUACGCCACUGUCUAUCUGAUUGAAGGCAUUAGUCAAGCAUGCCAUGCGUGCCCCGCCAUUAGAAUGCAGAAUGAACAGUUGGAGAGGAUCGGGAGGAUUACAACCUGGGCUGGCCUACCAGAGGUUGCUCGUGACUAUAUGCUUGCAAGAUACUGGAAGCUAUGCCAGCUCUUAGUAGAGCGAACGGAAAAGGACUGCUCAGCCACUAUCGCGUCUUCAUCUUGUUUCUGGGCGAAUUUGUUGGAACGAGUUGCUCACUUGGGUCCAGAGGCAUCUGCACAUGUAGAUGGCAACAUGGCUUCCAUGGCGCUGGAGGCCUCGAAGCGAGAGCGGUCCGAGCAAGAAACGAUCCAAAAGUGCGAGAAACUUCGGAUGGAUCUUAAUCGAGCAGACCCCGCUGCUCUAGAUGUGCAACGCGUUGAAGACACAAUCGACGAUAUCUGGAGCGACUUAGAAUACCUGGAAUACCCUAAAUCUCUGCUGGCCGUACUACCACGACUGAUGCCACAUCAGCGACUCGUGCAAGCUGCUCUAGCCAAACCUGAAGAGCACAGCAAGCUUGAAGAGUUAAUGGUAAGCAAAACUGCGUCGCUGCGCGAGCUUGCACAGGCUCGGUCGUACAUGUUGUCUCCUCUCGCCGCAACUGUGAGGCGAGUCACCUUGGAAAACCCGGCUGCGGCACCACUGUUCGACAUUGAAGAUUUUGUCAUCCGCCUAAGCCAAAAUCCACCAGCUCCCACAUUAGACGCCGAGCUCGAAGAUGCUACGGUGCCGCUCCUGCAAGCGUUGGACGAAAGACUGAUUAGACUGGAUUACGAAUACUACUUCGGUCCGCGCGAGAGCUGUGGUAUCGCUUCUUUGCUGGAUCUAGUGAGUCGCUUGGGGACAGUGAAUCCUCCUAGCUCGAAAAAGAUCUUGGACCUGCUGUUGAAUCGCUGGACUAGACAAAAGAUACCUCCCUCUACGGUCACUCCCUGGAAGACGGCAUUGCAGUUGCAAGUAAUGCUGCUUUGCGCGGACCAAUCUCUGCCAACUCUCAGUCAUCUCGAUGCGAAAGCCUUGCUGAAGGACUUCCACUACAUUCUCGCAGUGGAGCCGCUGCCCCGGUACAGAUACUUGAUCGAAUGGACAUGUGCUCGAGCAUACCUUCACCAUCCUCAACUGAGGCCGGCUGUUCUUGAAGAGCUUCGAACCAAGGAUCAUCACUCGAACCCGAAGUUCCUGGCGUCUCUAAUGAAGCUUGGCGUUAACAUCGCCAAGACAGACACUUCGGACGAAGACUUUGCUUACCAGCUAGCCGCCGUCUUCGUUCCACUCGCAGCGUCAUCCAAGGUUGUGAUCAGGCAUGAAGCUCAAUGGCAAAUUCCUAUCUUGAUGGAUCACGCCAAAGUCAAGGGCUGGAAGUCCGUGUCAGAAGACGCGGCGUUCCAAGCACUCGAUGAGUUCAUUAGAAGCCUUGGAAUCUUCGGAGACCCGCCACUUGAACGAGUGAUUGACAAGCUGGAUCCGGUGCGAGACCACAACCUCACGCAUCUUGCGGAAGGUCCUUGGUGGAAGCUUGACCACGUUGAACAGCCUCAAACAAGCCACGAGGACUUCGUGAAACUCUACGAAUCCGACAAGAGUCUCACAUUCCGGCUGCCACCCUCUUGUAUGCCAAUCGGAGAACCUCAACCUCCUCCACCGCAACCCAAACAACAAUCGCAAACGGAACCGGUCGCUACCACCACCAAAGACACCGACCACGAGCGCAAAAUCCUCCAAAACAUCGACAACAUCUCCCGUGCCCUCGGCUCCGGCCCAGGUCCCACCGCCCUCCAGACCAAAGGCGCAGCCUACCUCUCCAGCACCCGAACCCGCCACUCCAACCUCCUCGUCAUCGCCUCUCUGAUCGAAAACCCCUACAACCUCGGCGGUCUCUCCCGCGUAUCCGAAAUCUUCGGCACGGGAACCCUCUACCUCCAAAAUCCACAGGUAACCUCCAACAAAGACUUCACGAACGUCAGCGUUUCCUCGCACCACCAUCUGCCGAUCCUGCCUCUGGCCGCGAAGGAAAUCCAGAAUUUUGUGGCGGGCAAGAAGAGAGAGGAAGGGUACAGUGUUGUGGGCAUCGAGCAGACGGAUCGCAGUGUGUUGGUGGGUGAGGAAGGUUGCGUUUUGCCGGAGAAGUGUAUUCUCGUCAUAGGGAGUGAGAGGGAGGGCAUUCCCGCGAUGAUUCUGAGCGAAUGUGAUUUGUUGGUGGAAAUCCCGCAGGUUGGAAUCACGAGGAGUUUGAAUGUGCAGACUGCGGCGGGAAUUGUGCUUUGUGAGUAUGCGAAGCAGCAUAGAAGAGGGAAAAAGUGA